AUGCUAAAACUUUUGAGAAAAUCGAAUGCUAGUAUUGGUGAUGUAAUCUUAGAGAAAGCACCGGGAAAUGCAAAAUAUACCUCACCAGAAGUUCAAAAAGAAAUCUUGCAUAUUAUUGGUAAUAGAGUCAGAAACAAAAUUUGUGCUGAAAUUGGAGAUUCUAAGUUUUGUAUUUUGGUGGAUGAAGCAAAGGAUAUAUCUAACAAAGAACAGAUGACUAUAAUUUUGAGAUUUGUUGAUGCUCAUGCUGCAACACUUAAGAAAGAAAUAUGUGAUGUCCUCACCAGAUAUAAUCUAAAAAUACACAAUAUUCAGGGUCAAGGGUAUGAUGGUGCUAGCAACAUGUGUGGUGCUUUUAAUGGAUUGCAAGCUUUAUUUCUUAAAGAUUGCCCAUAUGCAUAUUAUGUACAUUGUUUUGCCCAUCGACUCCAACUAGCGUUAGUUGCAGCUGCUGAAAAUGAGAUCUCUAUAUGGCUUUUCUUUUCAAAUUUGACGACUAUUGUUACUCUUGUUACAUCUUCGUCCAAACGCAAUGCCGAGUUACAAUCUGCUCAAGUUAAUGAAAUUGCACGUUCUGUUGUUGCUGGUGAACGCGAGACUGGACGAGGAGCUAAUCAGAUUGGUACUUUGCAUCAAGUAGGAACUACACGUUGGAGCUCCCAUUUUGAUUCUAUUUGCGACUUAAUAGAUAAGUAUAAUGCAACUAUUAAUGUACUUGAAAAUAUUAUCACUGAUGGUUCCUCUACUUCGAUGCGUGGGGAAGCUGAGAUGAGUGCUCGUUAUAAACAUUCUAGUCGUUCAUGCCAGCAAAAGGAUGUCAUCACAGUUGAGCAUCACUUUCAUUAUGAUAUAUUUAAUGCUACAAUAGAUUUUCAAUUGGAAGAGUUAAACUCUAGAUUCAAUGAUGAGACAGUAGAACUUCUUAUGUUUAGCUCUGCUUUGGAUCCAAAAGAUAAUUUUAAUUGGUUCAACAUUGAUAAGAUUUGUAAUCUCGCUGAGAAGUAUUAUCCUGAGGAUUUCACUGAACAGGAAAUCUAUAAUUUGAGAUGUCAGCUACAACAUUAUGAGCUCGAUGUGGUUUGUCAUGAAAAUUUUCAAAAAAUGUCCACUAUCUCAGAAUUGUGUCAAGGGUUAUUUGAAACAAAAAAAUUACAGUACUAUAAUUUGAUCGACAAGUUGAUUCGUCUAAUUUUAACUUUACCCGUUUCUACGACAACUACAGAGUGCGCAUUUUCAGUUAUGAAGCAUGUUAAAACAGUUCUUCGUAAUAGAAUAGGAGAAGAUUUUCUAACAGAUUCUAUGAUUAUCUACAUUGAAAGAGAGUUUGCUUCAAGUAUUGAUUCAGAUUCUAUCAUUGAUGAAUAUUAUACUUUGAAGAAUCGUAGAGCACAACUUCAAUAA